GCCAAUGACAGAGGAACGUCCAAACAAGAGACAGCUGAAACACCAUCCGACGAGUGCCGACAAUGGCAUGCUACUUACCCAUGUUGUCUCAUCUUUUUGCACAAUUUGAUGAGAAAGAGAGUGCAUUACACUCCAAACACGUGCACUUUUCAUUUGACUCCAACUCUUCAAAGUCCUUUUUCUUUCGCAUUCAUCCAGUUUAUGGAUCGCGCACCCUCCUUGCUGAAAUUUUGGCGUUCACUGUACACCUACUCCAACUACGAUAGCAAAUUCUAUCGUAGCUAGCUAGCCAGACCAUGUUCCUCUCUUCGACAUCUCGAGCUGCCAACAAGCAGAUCUCAUCAUUGUCGUCAACACGGAGAAACAACAACAACGUGGAGGACAAGAUGAGACAGCCAGUGUCUCCUUCGGAAGGAGGGCCAGUGAUCAAGUUUAUGGACGAUCAUCACCACGAUGAAGAAAAGAAGGAAGAUGAAACGGACGCCUUUCUACCCAAAAAGAAGCAGAGCUCAGCAUUGACGGAUAAGACCAAUGAUAUUAAUAAUGACCAAUCCUACAGCAGCAAGGACAAACAGCCCAAACCAACCACCAACUUUUUAACGUUUUGUCAAAACAAAAUAGUCAAGCAAACUCUGACAAUCAUGGCCUCUCUCAUGGCUGUUCUCUUUCUGUUAAAGACCAUAUCUCCAUCCACAUCAACCUUCCAAAACAGUAAUGAUACAACAAAAUCCUACGCUUACUACACACAUCCCAAUUCUCGCAUCAACAACCGCCACAAAAGCAGCAACAAGCAGCCAUUUAUUUCCUGGGAAAUGCAAGCACACAUUCCGUACAAACCCACCUACCAGGAAACCUUUAAUCAAGCCUACCGAUGCAAUCCCGGUGGCUACAUGGACCGGGUUCCACUGCGACCCGAACUGGAACCCAAACUCUGGUUUCAGACAAAACUCCAAACAUCCCUCCAUAUACUCGUCAUGGGAGACUCGGUCGCCAUGCAAUUGGGAGAAUUGUUGCAAGAAGCCAUGGGCGUUCAAGUCGAAAAUAGAGUCCUCUUGCGACAAUUGGAUGGAGAAGACGAGACACACGAAUCUCUCUUUUGGGGGACCACCAAUCAAGGUGGUGGUGGGAGUGGUGGAUUCCGGAUUCUCCAUUGGUGGUUGCGACGCAAUCAGGGCAAACCACUCCCGGAAACAUCGGGCGGUGGAUGGCGCAUGGCCGAUGUCGACAAGCUACUCCAGAAUAUGAAAACCAUGAAACAACACCAAGUGGCCAUGACGUCCGGCAAGGGGAUUGACGUUCCCGAUCAGGCCAUGGAUGUCUUGGUGUUUCGAGUGUCCCAACCCUGGAUGGGAUGGGAAACCAUUGACGCCGGUGGGAUGCAGAAAACCAUUGAAGUGGCACACGAACAACUCAAGGUCAAAGUGGUCGUCUUUUUGACCAUUCCCUUUUCCAACAAUAUCGUCGACAAGACGGAUAUACUCACCAUGCAAAAGAAGAAUGCCAUGAUGAAACAAUUUGCUGCCGACUAUGCCAAGAACCCAUUCAAGGGGGUGACUGUCAUGGUAUUGGAUCUGGGACAGCUCCAUGAUAGCGUCAUGAAAGUGCAUGCCAAGGGAUUGGGAUACAAAUUCAAGAGCUCCAACGAUUACGACUUUGGAUUGGAUAUUCUCAAGCCACGAGCCGAUUACUAUUCGCACAGUAUUGGGCACGUCUGUGGAGAACGGGCGCCAACCAAAGCCCAAGGAUGCAAGCACUACAAUAUGAUCACAUUUGAUGGACAACACUUGUGUAUGAAGACCUUUGGAGGACGCUUGUUUGCGGGUCUCGCAUGUGUCACUCGAUGUGCGUAUGCCUACGGUGACGACGAGAGUGCUACGGACGAUCUGCGAGAGUGUGAGCACGCGUGUAAUGAUCAGUACAUGAGCUUGGAAGAGAUUGACGAGUCCAUGUUUGUGGCGCCGCCGCCAGAAGACAAGGACGAACGACAAAGAAGACACGAAUGAUCCAAAGGGACCAUCCGGCUAGGCGGCAAGACCUAGCACCCGUAGAUUAGCGCGUCAUCCUUGUCCGUAUAUAACAUGUAGUUUAUGUUAACGUUUGAUGUAGCCUGCAGUUG